AUGCCUGACGUUUCGAGCUGUGUGCGGACGGCGCAGGUGAUCGGGCUCACUACAUCUGGGCUGAUGGCUGGCUCGAUCAUCACCUACUCUACCGCGCUGAUACCUACCAUCACUCUCCCUGCCGGCAGCGGCCCAGCCAGCUACGACUCCAACCACAAGCCUGGCAGUCCCAUCUCGCACGUUGCCACCCAAUGGCGCCACGCCUAUAACAUCGGCAAGACCUCGAUGCCCUUCUGUGCCAUUGGAGCGGGCACAGCCUACGCCUACCUCUCCUACGUCUUCCGCCACGAGACGACCCUUCGCGCAGCCGACACGCGGACCUCCAACUGGUACCUGCUCGCCUCGGGCCUGGUGAUGUCCAUCAUCCCAUACACGCUGCUGGUGAUGAACCCCACGAACAAGAGCCUGCUUUCGCGCGCCGAGGUGGCGGACGCAGAGGCCAUGACGGGCGUGUCCAAGGCAAAGGAGGCAGCCAGCAAGGCCAGCGGCGACUCCAAGGCGACCAGGGAAGACGUCGAGGUCUUGAAUUGGCUCAAGGGCUGGGCUGAGUUGAACGUUGUCAGGGGACUGUUCCCCCUGGCGGGAACGCUCGCUGCACUCUAUGCAACGCUCUACUAG